GACUUGGAUUAUCUGUACUAUUUUAUCUUUAUGUUUAUAUUAUUUUGGUUUAGUUAUACGACCUACUUACUCACUUGUCAGUAAUUCAAAUACUCGUCUAUGUGUUUUCCUAACUUUAUUUUAUGACUUUACUUUAAAUUGUAAUUAUUUUGUAAUUAAGUCUCCUCCAAAUACACAUUAGUACCUACCACUACAUAUUGCAAACACAAGUAAAUUUAUUUUAUUGCGUAACGAUGUUCGAUCACUUCAAUUUAUGAGAUCAAAGCUGUGACAAACGGACAGACAAUUUGGAUUGGGAUUCUAGGAGUCCACAAUUAAUUAUGCGAUCCGUCUCUAUAUCAAAGUUAAUAAAAUAUGAUUUAGAUAUUUCGGCGAUACGAGUAACAGACAGAUUUACUUUCGCACUUUAAUGAUAUAGGUUACAAUUCGCAAGAAUUGAAUCUGUUUAUGUAACGCGAUUUUUUGAAGAGGCAAUGAGACAAUUUUCAAAAGUCCCGGUUUCGGUAAAAUUGGUAAAACCAUAAUAAAUUAUACGCCUAAACGUUCGUCUGGAAUCUUUACUACCUAUUGGUGAAAACCGUACAAAAAUCCGUGUAGUAGUUUUUGAGUUUAUCUAGUUCAUACAAACAGAGUCAACAGAGGGACUUCUUUUUAUAAUAUGUAAGGAUAACGAUACAGUGAUGACAUAAAAAUGUCACACAGUUGGAAUAAUACAGCUCGGUCAAUGGAAACAUAGCAUGUGCUGCUUUGAACGCGUUCACAUAUGGCUACCUACCGAGCCUAUAAAUAUCGCACGCUGUAUUUCUGCCAUUAUACAGUUCAAUUAUCACUCAACGGUGAAGUAAACUGCCAAGUGAUUUCGUGCGAGGACAAAUCACAGCGGUUUGAUGAAAACUUGAGAUAGCAAAGAGAGUCUGUGAGUCUGUAUUAUUUUUGUACAGUAAUCUGGAACGAUAAGAGAUACUUAGUGAUGUACGAGACUUUUUACAUUUUUUUAUCUCUACUGUUUGGUUUUCGUCGAAACGGAUUCAGUGUUGAACUGCUUUAUAACACUUACGUAUCGAAACUAUCGAAGAUCGAAUUUCACGAGGUGUAAUUGUAGAGUGGGCAGAAUAUUACACUUUAGUAACUUUAGUUGAGCGGUGUCUUUUUCUCACACGUGUUUGGUGAUCAAGAAUUCAGAUGGGGUUUCAGUUGAAAUGGGGUAUAGCGGGCGUGGGCAUGAUAGCCCACGACUUUCUGACAGCCUUGCACACGCUCCCCGCAGAACAGAACAAAGUGGUAGCUAUAGCUGGUAAAGAUUUGGAACGAGUGCACAGAUUGGCCACGCUCCACAAAAUCACCACAGCUUAUGAAGGCUACGAGGCACUAGCGCGUGACCACUCUAUAGACAUUGUAUUCGUCAGUGUACUAAACUUGCAACACUAUGAAAUCACUAAAUUAAUGUUAGAACACGGCAAACACGUUCUGUGCGAGAAGCCAAUGGGUAUGACGUACAAACAGAUAAAAUCGCUGGUGGAUCUGGCGCGGGAGAGAAAAUUAUUCUUGGUGGAAGGCAUGUGGUCCAGGUUCUUCCCUGCUUAUGACGCUUUGGACAGGCACAUAGCCUCAGGCGGGCUUGGGGACAUCUAUCACAUCAGCAUACAGUUUGGGGUGGAAAUUAACGACAUUGAGAGGAACCUGAUGAAAGACCUGGGUGGGGGCGCGGUUUUAGACCUUGGGUUGUACAUGCUUCAACUUAUACAAUUUAUUUAUAAGGAAGCGCCCACCGAUAUUGUGUGCACGGGGCACUUAAGUAAAGCUGGUGUGGACGAGUCCAUAUCCUGUUCGUUGAAAUACAAAGAUGGCCGUACGGCAACUCUCUCUGCUCAUACGAGAGCCACGAUGCCUAAUAAAGCUGAAAUAGUGGGCUCCAAAGGAACUGUUGCUCUUGAGUAUUUUUGGUGCCCCACGGUGCUCCGCUUAGGGGGCGCUAACAUUACCGAGUGGACCCUUCCCAAGGGCAAGUUCAAAUUCCACUUCCACAACAGCGCCGGCCUCAGCUACCAGAUACAGGAAUGUUGGGACUGCCUCAGUAAAGGUUUGUUGGAGAGUCCGAAAAUGACGUUAGACGAAAGUGUACUUAUGGCAAAACUGACGGACACGAUGAGGGCACAACUAGGUGUUUUAGAGAGUGGACUUUAACCUUAAAUCUUAUAAUUAUAUAUAAAGUACUUAUUGCCAGUAUAUAAUGUUGAAUCGAGUAUUAUAGAAUGUUGAUGCCUUCGCUUUAAUUAUAAUUAUACCAACUGACAAAUGACUUGUCAGUGGCAGGUAUUGGCCUUGCUUUAUCUCUAAGAAUUUGGAUAAUUCCGUAAUCUUUUGCAUAACACUUUGUUUACAAAUUAAAGGUGAAUUGAUAGCAAAAUCUAUUUUCUCGAUAUUAUAGCAUGAAGUUUUUCUUCAAUAAAUGCUAGAAUAAAGAAUAUUCUUGAGAUGAGAAAGGCGGUAUACGUUUUUUAAAUAUGAAUAAAGCUUGCACAAGCAAUAUUUGAAUAAAGCCUUGCUUCGUUCAGUGAGGUAAAGAAAUAAGAUUUUUUUACAAAACUCUUUAUGUAAUUCAUAAACGAUUAAUAGCCAAAGAGGCUGAUGACAGGGAUAGACAACAUAAGGCUGCUUUUGACAAGGUUUUCUGAGGAUUCAUCUUAUCUAUUCAGGCUGCAAUAUCUCCUGAAACAACUUGGCAAUGUAAGCAUACAUUGCCUAAAAUCUAAAGGUGCUAGACCACUAGACAGCAGAAAGUUAGAAUCGAUGCACGAAGUUGAUAAGCUGUAUUUGAGGAAGAGUACCUACCAAGAGUAAUAAUUUUGAAAAUGUAUUUAUCAUAUAGCACUCCCCUACUUCGCACAUGUCUAGUGGAAAAGCAGCCUAAUGUCCGCUAUGAGCACUUCAUCUGACAGUUGGUAAUUUGUGCCAGUGAAACGGGAACAAAAUGUACUUGAGAUUGUGAUAGUAAUUAUAAAAGUACCCUACGCACGGACUAUGUAAAAGUACAGUAUUUACCUCAAAUCUAUCUGUGAUGCCAUGUGUGUUGUGAGACGGUUGUUAAAUUAUUAUGAUCAAAUAAAUUAUUAAUACAUUAUAUUGCACAAAAUAUUUAUUUUAUUUAAACACAAAUUUAUAUUUAUUGAGAAAUCAAGGGCAGUAAAACGAUAAAUUACCUAUAUACCUUCAUAUAC